GUUCUAUCGAUGUAACCUAAUGCAAUGCCCGGAACUAAUUGUGUAUUACUGAUCUAGUAACAAAGUAGAUUUCGUCACUUUCUGGGCGUGGAACAUGUCACGAUGGCAAAGACUGUCGGGAUACUUGCUUACCAAACCAACUGGACCGUUCAAGCGUCUCAAGGGCAGUCAACGUCAGUGGUACGAAUUCGACGAGGCUUCUAUGACUAUCCGCGUCUUCCGUACCGAGGAGGAAGCGAACACCGUUAACAAAGAACCACUCAGGGUGAUAAACGUGCUGAACGCCGUCUUCAACAUCGAUCCGUCCGAGUUGAACCAAUUCGUUAUCACUUCGGACGACAAAGAGCAUGUUCUCCAAGCUGAGACGGAAGAAGCUAUGCAUUUGUGGUUGCAUACAUUGAAAUCAAGACGCAAUGAGGCGAUCAACAGCGACCCCACAACACUAUUAUCAUAUGAUACAACUUUAUCGAUGGAACGCAAGAAGCCAGUGAGAAACUCUGUCACAAAAAUUCCUCCAAAUUUGAUGAAGCCGGCAUCAGAAAUCACCUACGACUUGUCAGAGUUUCAAUGUAAUCCACCAUUGAAUACCGCGGUCGACUGGCGUGCUAGGCGGACGUUCUCCAGCACGAGCAGCAGCAAUACAUCACAAGGACAUUCUUACACUCCAACGACCCCUCCAAAAACACAUGUUGAUGCCCAAGAGACGUUCGUUACAAUGAGACAAACAAGCAUACCUGAAGAGCAGCUCUCUGAAUGCAGGCCUUCCAGCAACCAAACAGCGGAUCCAACGAUGGAUCUUGUCAGUGACAACAUCGACGCUUUGAGGUAUCGUCAAGUGGUGGAUGAGGACGAGGAAGACGGUGCACAACCACAAACACUAAUCGUAUCUACAACUUUUCCAGUACCAGACACCCUAAAACAUUUUUGGAAUAUUUCUUCGAAUGGUAGAACCCAAUUGGAUCGACAACAUUUGAAGUCGACCAGCAGCAUUAACAAUCACGUGACAAGCAUCACAGGUGGAAACUCUCCGGUGAACCAAGAAUCUAGGCAACAACCAGAUGAGCCUAAUCAUUUACCAAACGCAAAGGACGACGUCUCUAAAUCACCAAGAAAAGAAGAGGGAUAUGUGGAAGACAGCACGGUGGUAGCAACAAUUGAAUCCACUGGCAAAGAAAUGGAAACCACCCCGAUUUUUCCCUUCGAAACAGAGUUGCCCUUGGUGGACCAUAAAUCAUCUGAUCUGUUCGAUUUCGGUGGAUUUACGACAGUUCAAUCCAUGGAUUCGCUUUUCGGACGUUUGAGUGGAUCGAAUGUGACUCCAAAUACAGUCAGAGUGCUCCGAAAUGAACUGGAAGACUAUCACGAACGUGUGUCAUGGCUUCAGAAAACACUGUCUCUACGUGAAGCUGCACUGGCUGAGUUGGAUCAACGUAUCCGUAUGCAGGAUGACGCAGAUGACAAACCCUACUCGCUGUCAAUACCUCCAGGGGCUUCGAAUACUACCUUGAGGAAUAUGCUUCAUGAAAUGGAACAAAAACAGAGGAUUUUACACAGCCGGAUGCGCUUUCUCGUUGGAGAAAUCCGUGAUCUCAGCGCCGUACGUCAGAUGCUCACGGAUCAUGGAGCUAAACAAGUCAGGUACACGAGAAAAUUGACCACCGAAGUUUUUGAAUGGAAACAAGAGUAUGUAAAAUUGUUGGAGUGCUGCUUGGGGGCGUUUCACUUGGAUGCGACGCACGGUCUCAUGUUCAGUGAUUACGGAAAGAAAAGGUGUAAAGCUAAACUGGCCGCUCUAUUGGAAGAAUCGAGAAGAAAAGACCCUUCGUUACCUUCAUUAAAUAACGGAAUAUGGCGUAUGCUGGUCCGCGGUGAAUUAAAAGCAACCAUUUUGGAAAAAGGUCCUCAUUAUUACAACAGGCUAAUUGCAGAGAUCAGUGAAAGUAAGGUGGCCACAAAAUAUCGCAAACAGAUUUCGCUCGAUUUGCUUCGCACAAUGCCAAAUAACGUGCACUUCGACAGUCUGGAGUCCCCAGGAAUACAGAAAUUGCAAGAGGUUCUUCAGGCAUACAGCAUACAUAAUCCAGAGAUUGGAUACUGUCAGGGGAUGAACUUUUUGGUCGCAGUAGCGUUGCUGGUGCUUCACAAGGAAGAUGCAUUUUGGUGCUUGACAGCUAUUCUGGAAAAGUACUUACCAAGUAAAUAUUUCAACUGCGGCCUAAUAAGCGCUCAGGUCGAUCAAUUGGUGCUGAAAGACCUGCUAGCGAGUAAACUGCCAAAACUUGCCGAACACAUAAACAGAAUGGAGAUUGAUAUCAGUGCCAUAACUCUGAAUUGGUUCCUGGUCCUGUUCUACGACUGCGUGCCAUUUGAGACUCUUAUUCGAAUCUGGGAUGUGUUUUUGCUGGAAGGGCCAAAAUCCUUGUUCCGCUUUGCCUUGGCACUUCUCAAACGAAGUGAAGAAAUCUUGUUGUUGCAGGCAGACACCAUUAGCUUUUGGAAGUGCCUCAAAUCAGUGGCUCGGUUGACAUACGAUGCAGAUAGCUUAAUGAAGACAGCAUAUGAGGAGUUUCAGCCAUUCGUCAGCAGAAGCACAAUUGCUUCGUUACGGAAUCAACACUAUGAAAUUUUGAGCAAAGAGAUGAACGAGAAAAAGAGCGUUUGGCAAAGUGUGCAUAAAGAAGUGGCUGAAGAGCUACUGGAUGAGCCAGAAGAGAUUGCACGAAGACGUAUAUCAAAAGUGGAUAGACCAUGUAUACACGCAGCGACCAGCUACAACGAGAGAUUUGUGUGGAUUUGCCACGGGGACAAGUUCAGCAGCCACAUCACAGAAGUGCAGGUUGCAGAGAACCGUAUGAUUCAACUGGAUAUGCAUUUGGACACCCGUGUCACCUGCGCUGCGGCACUACAUGAGAACACUCUCCUCGUCGGCACCAUGUCCGGCAAGUUGUGUGCUUAUUCAAUCGAAUUCAAGUGA